CCACGACCGAUACAGCUGACGUUUUCCAAUUUGGUGCAAACAAUUGAUGAUGAUAAUGAUGAAUAUUGUUGUUGGUAAUCUAAUUUUAAUUUAAUUCUUUAAUCAUGGAUGAAUUUAGGCACAUUCAAAGUCGAUCAGAUAUAUUGAGCACACUGGAACAUCUCAAUGAAGAAGAAAAAUUAGUUGAACAAGAUAUUGAUUUAUUUUUAAAAAAAGAAAAUGAAUUGCAAUUAUUGAUGACAUCGUUAAUCAAACACAUGGCCAACAUAUCAUUGAUCGAAAGCGAUGCUGAACGUUUGGCUAAUUUGAUGAAUUUUACAUCCGUCAUGGCCGAUAAUGUGAGCUAUAAAAUACGUUCAUUUGAUUUGGUCAAAAAUCGUGUGAGUGAAUGCUUGAAACAAGUGGAAGAUAUUAUCGACCUUAGAUCGUGUACGGAUGGAAUACAAAAAUCAUUGGCCGAUGAAGAUUACGAGAAAGCUGCCCGACAUAUCUACAGGUUUUUGUCUAUGGAUGAAUCUAUGCUAAGAAAAACGGCAUUAGAUGAAAGUCUGAGCGGGAAUAAUGAAAUACUGGAUACUUGUUCAUUGGAACAAUCUUUCGUGAAAUUGCAUGAAGCAGAACAAAAUCUUAGAUCAAUAGUUAUGACACGAUUCGAUAAAGCUGUUGCUCAUAAGGACAGUGCUAGUGUUGAACGAUUCUUUAAAAUAUUUCCGUUGAUUAAACAACACAAGCAAGGUUUGGAUCGAUUUUCCGAUUAUCUUUGGUCACAGAUCAUUGAAGAAAUAACGAACAAAAAAAUCAAUGCCGCUACAAAAGGUUCUGUUACGUUGGCCAAACUGUCAAACCUUUUCGAAACGAUUGCGCAAAAAAUCGAUGUUUAUUACCCGUUGAUCGAAACAUAUUAUGGUCCGGGAAAUCUAUUUCCAGUUGUCGCUAAAUUGCAAAAAGAAUGUGACAUACAAGCAAAGCUGAUUAUUGAAGAUUAUCAGAAUGAAAAAACUUUCACAUCCCUUGUAUCGAAUGUAUCGCGAGCUUUGAAAAAUUUUUCCAAUACACAGAAUAUAAGCAAACUAGAUCCAAAAGUAGUUGACAAACAUCUGAACGAUAUUAUGUACAUGUUAAAUCGUAAUCAGACUUACCUAAACUUCAUAUCCAACCGUUUGAUCUCCGAUAUCGAAGCUGCCAAAAACAAUGAAAAAGUCGAUCAACUACAUGAUAAACUACCCAUUCGAUUUCAGUGUCAAGACAUUGAUUCCCUUAUAAGAGACUGUAAUCUUUCUCAUGUGAUACAUGAUCUAGAUUCCAUUUAUGUUUUGCUUGAAGAAUAUUUUCUAAAAGAAUCGAUACAGAAAGCCAUUCAAUUGGACUCGGUUGAUAUUGACCAUAAAGAUUUAGAUUCUACAGCAAUUACAUCGAGCAUGCUGGAUGAUAUAUUUUUCAUUAUUAAAAAAUGCCUUAAAAGAGCCAUAUCUUGUGGUUCAGCCAAUGUUAUCAUGGCUAUGAUCAAUCAUUGUACUAUUGUUUUAGAGACGAUUUUCUAUGAAGUAAUCCAUAGUCGAAUCAAAUGUGGUUAUCCAAAUGCUUUAUCCACAUUGGAUCUUGCCAAUGCUUAUAAUGCCCUUCAAGCUGGCCGAUAUCUGCAAUCUUCCAACGAUGUUGAACAAAUGAAGAUAAUGUUCAUUUGUGCAUUGAACAAUCUAGACACUGCUUGUGAAUAUAUGAAUAAACUGAACCAGACCAUAACAGUCGAUGUAACCAACAGCGGCGUAUUGCAAAAAAAUCAAAUCGACCUGUUCGAUAGUUGUCUUUCUAAUUUCAGUUCACUUACUUCAAAGUUUCGGAUAUUGAUUCAAUCGGGAAUGCAACAAUUAUUUGCAGCUGUAUUCAAAACAAUAGUCAAAUCUAUGAUAGAUUCAUUUAUAUCGACUAGUCAUACAUUGAAUGAUGAAGAUAUUAUCACCUAUGAAAUCAGUGAAGGUUUGCGGCCUUUUAUUCAAACCUUCUUGAUGAGUAUGAAUUCAACAUUGGCUCCGUUCAAAAAACAAUUAACUGCAAAAAAUUUCGACACUCUCUUGACCGUAAUCAGUGCGGAAAUAUCCAAUCGAUUGUAUAAAGCACUGUUUCAAUGUUCAUUCAAUAAGUUUGGUGGAUUUCAAUUAGAUCGUGAGGUGCGUGCCAUUAUCAAUUUUCUAACUUCCAUUUCGCCGACGACUAUUAGUUUGAGAGAAUAUUUUUCUAAACUAAAAUUCAUCGGGGUCAUAUUCACAUCGGAGAAUAUCAAUGAAAUCAAUGAUUACAUACAUUCAAAAGAAAAUUAUAAUGCUUUACGAGUGAAUCCGAAUGAAUUACAUCAAUUGUUAAGGCUUUAUACAGAACUAAGUCCAAAUGAUUUAAGAAAAAUUAAAUUAUAAAUACAAUAAAGACAUGA